AACCCUCCUCAUCCUCUGUUCUCUCUCCUCAUCUUUCUUUCGUGAGUUCAUAUCCUCUGUUUCAGAAAAAAAAAAAAAAUGGCAUCAAAACGCCAGAGGAACGAAGGAGAAACAGAGGAACUAAGGGAUGGGGAAGAGCUAAAACGCCAAAAGUCAUACAACCAAAUCCUCUCCCUUUUAGAAGAAGAAGAAGAGGAAGAAAUUGAAGAUUUAUCCUCAAUCAUCACCACACUCCAACAAGAAAUCUCUUCUCCAAUAAUCCAAACAGAGGCAGAUGUUGGAAUUGCAGACUCUGUUUCUCUACAAGAUUACUCUUCUUCUUCUUCUUCUUCUUCCUCUGUAGCUAAUUCCCCUAAAUGUAUGAACAAAGAGGAAUUAGAAGAAGAGGGUGAAAGAGAGAAGGUUAUGAGACACCUUCUGGAAGCUUCGGAUGAUGAACUUGGGAUUCCAAAUGGGGAAUUUUCGGUGGGUGAAGGAGUGGAUGGAGUGGCUUUAAGUGAUGCGUUAUGGGAGUUGGAAGAUGAGGCUGCUAAUUACUACACCUUGUUUCAAUCCCAGCUUUUUAUGUAGUCUUCUUCUUCUUCUUUCUUUUUUUUUUUUAAUUAAUUAUGGAACCAUAUUGUAGGAGUAAAUUCAAUGUUAGAAGAACAAUUCAAAAAAAUGGGGGAAAAAACAGGGGAUUAUUAUAUUGAUUGGAAGAAGACUUGAAGCUCAUCAUCUCUGAUCUAAAGAAAUGGGAAGAGUACUCUGAAUUUCAAUCAUUUUAGAAUGAAAUGAACAGUUCAACAUCUCUUUCUUUUCUUUCAA